AUGCCUUUCUCUCCUGAACUCAAAGAAAGAUAUCCCUCGAUCGCCAAGUACGAGAUCCUAGGGGACGACUAUAAAGAGUCCCACGAUGGACGCGAGACCGCUCUCCUGGAAUUCAUCUAUAACCACCCUUCGCUGUCUAUGGAUAGGCUGCGAGGCUCGCCGGCAACCAUUCUGCAAGCCAUGGAUGAGUUCUCUGCCCAGACAGACUUCUUAAUUAAUAUUAGCUGGGACAAGGGUGGCAAGGUGGCCGACCUCAUAAAACAAGACAAGCCUGCUGUCCUUGUUGAACUGGGAGGGUAUGUUGGCUACUCCGCGAUUCUCUUUGGCGACGCUGCUCGUCAAGCUGGCACCGAGGGAGUAAAGCUUUGGAGUAUCGAGUAUGAUCCGCUUAUUGCGUCCAUUGCGAUGAACCUGAUUGACCUCGCUGGGCUGAGUGACAUUGUCAAAGUUGUUGUGGGGUCUGCUACCGACACCAUCAGACGACUGAAAGUGAACGGAGACCUUCAGAAGAUUGAUUUUUGGUUCUUGGACCACGACGAGGACCUUUAUGUGCAAGAGUUCAAGCUCUGCGAAGAGCUGGAUUUUUUCCCGGCUGGUGCUUUGGUGGUCGCCGAUAAUGUGGUUCGGCCAGGAGCUCCGCAGUACCGUGAAUAUGUUCGUCAGCAUUCCGGCGUUGAAAGCUGGGGUGUACCAGGGCUAAUUAUUCCUGGGGAUUUUGCCGUGAGUUGCGCCGGGGAACGAUUCUCUUUUCAUCGCUGA